CUCCCCGCAGGCCGCAGCCCGGGGCCUCGCCUUGCUAUGGCAGCAGCGCGGCGCAGCACGCUCGACUUCCAGCUCGGGGCCCGAGCUGAUGGCGAGACCAUUCUAAAAGGCCUCCGGUGCGUUUUCCAGGAGCAAGGGAUGACGGAGUCGGUGCACACCUGGCCAGACCAUGGUUAUCUAGCGACCUACGUAAACAAAAAUGGCGGCUUUGCCAAUUUGAGAAUUUACCCACGUGGACUGGUGCUGUUGGAUCUUCAGAGCUGCGAUGGUGAUUCUCAAGGCCAAGAAGUUGACAGUCUUUUGAACAAAGUCGAAGAAGGACUGAAAGAAUUGAGUGAGGACGGUACUGGGCGGGUGAAGCGAUUACCGCCCAUAGUUCGAGGAGGGGCCGUCGACAGAUACUGGCCCGCUGCCGACGGCCGCCUGGUGGAGUAGGACAUGGACGAAGUGGUGUACGAUGAAGAUUCACCGUAUCAGAACAUUAAGAUUCUACACUCGAAGCAGUUUGGAAAUAUCCUCGUCCUCAGUGGGGAUGUUAAUCUGGCGGAGAGUGAUCUGGCGUCCACCCAGGCCAUCACGGGCAGCGGAAAAGAAGACUACGGUGGCAAAGAUGUACUGAUUCUCGGCGGUGGGGAUGGGGGCAUAUUAUGUGAAAUAGUCAAACUGAAACAGAUGGUCACUAUGGUAGAGAUCGACCAAAUGGUGAUUGAUGGGUGUAAGAAAUACAUGCGGAAAACAUGGGGCGACGUCUUAGACGACCUUAAGGGAGACUGCUAUCAGGUUCUGAUAGAAGACUGUAUCCCGGUACUGGGGAGGUACGCCGAGCAACGGAGAGAGUUUGAUUAUGUGAUCAAUGAUUUGACAGCGGUCCCCAUCUCCACGUCCCCGGAAGAAGAUUCCACAUGGGAGUUUCUCAGACUGAUUCUUGACCUCUCAAUGAGAGUACUGAAACAGGAUGGGGAAUACUUUACACAGGGUAACUGUGCGAAUUUGACGGAAGCCUUGUCGCUGUAUGAAGAACAGCUGGGCCGCCUCUAUUGUCCUGUGGAAUUCUCAAAGGAGAUCGUCUGUGUUCCCUCAUACUUGGAAUUGUGGGUAUUUUACACUGUUUGGAAGAAAGCUAAACCUUGAAGACCAAUGUGUGCUGCGAAUAGCCUUCCUGACCUUCACAUGCUAUAGGUGACAUCGAAAUGAAUCGCGCAAUUGAUUGUGAAUCCCUUCAAGUUUUCUUUUUUUAAUUAUUAUUUUUAAUUUAAACAAAGCAAAUGGAAAAUGUA